UUGGGGGAGAUGAUGGCGGUCCAGGGAAUCUCUGUUGUUUCUGGUGCCCCCCAGCUGGAGGGCGAAUCUGGCUCUUGCAGGUCUGCAGGAAAGAGAUCCCUAGUGUCCUUUCAGGGGAUAACUGUGUUCUUUACUGAGGAGGAAUGGGCUCUGGUGGGUCCAGGGCAAAGAAAACUCUUCUGGGAAGUUAUGGAGGAAAAUCACAAGACCAUCACCUCUCUAGGGAUCUACGUUUCCCGGAAGGCCUUGCAAGGACCAGAGAGGUCAAUCCUGCCUAUUGCCGAUGUCCAGGCACCAGUGUUUCCUCAAGGUGGAGAAGGAAAAAUAUGGAAUGUGGAAUUCCACAGAGCUUCUCUUCUUUCUUGUUUCCCUCCACUGGAAAGAGAAUUUGGCUCUGGCACAUCUGCCAGAAAAAGUUUUGCAGUGUCCUUUGAGGAGGUAGCUGUGUUCUUCACAGAGGAGGAAUGGGCUCUGCUGGAUUCAGGCCAAAGAAAACUCUACUGGGAAGUAAUAAAGGAAAAUUACGAGACCUUGGGGUCUUUGGUUACAGAAGUGAGAGAGAAUGGUGACCUAACUGCACAUCAAAGGGUUCACGCAGGGGAAAAGCCAUAUAAAUGCUUGGAGUGUGGAAAGAGCUUCUCACAGAAUGGUACGCUAACUGAACAUGAAAGGGUUCACACAGGUGAGAAGCCAUAUAAAUGCUUACAGUGUGGAAAGAGCUUCUCGCAGAAUGGCACCCUUAUUAAGCAUCAAAGAGUUCACACAGAAGAGAAGCCAUAUAAAUGUUUGGAGUGUGGAAAAAGCUUCACACAGAAUGGCACCCUAACAAAACAUCAAAGGGUUCACACAGGAGAAAAACCAUAUAAAUGUUUGGAGUGUGGAAAGAGCUUCUCACAGAAUAGCACCCUAACUGAACAUAUAAGAGUUCACACAGGGGAAAAACCAUAUAAAUGCUUGGACUGUGAAAAAUGCUUCACUCUCAGUAGUACUCUUACCGUACAUCAAAAGGUGCACACAGGGGAGAAACCAUAUAAAUGCUUGGAGUGUGGAAAAUGCUUCUCACGGAAUGGUAAUUUAACUGAACAUCAAAGGGUUCAUACAGGGGAGAAACCAUAUAAAUGCCUGGAGUGCGGAAAGUGCUUUUCAAGAAAUGGUGAACUAACUACACAUCAAAGAGUUCACACAGGGGAGAAGCCAUAUAAAUGCUUGGAAUGUGGAAAGAGCUUUUCUUGGAAUGGUGCCCUAACUAGACAUCAAAAGGUUCACACUGGGGAAAAGCCAUAUAAAUGUUUGGAGUGUGGAAGGAGCUUUUCUUGGACUGGUGACCUAUCUAGACAUCAAAAGGUUCACACAAGGGAGAGUCCAUAUAAAUGCUUGGAGUGUGGAAAGAGCUUCUACUGUAAUGACCACCUAACCAAGCAUCAACACAUUCACUCAGGGGAAAAGCGAUAUAAAUGUCUUGAGUGUGGAAAGAGCUUCUCAAGGAAUGGUGAACUAACUACACAUCAAAGGGUUCACACAGGAGAGAAGCCAUAUAAAUGCCUCGUAUGUGGAAAAAGCUUCUCAAGAAAUGGCGACCUAACUCGACAUCAAAAGGUUCACACAGGGGAGAAGCCAUAUAAAUGCUUGGAGUGUGGAAAGCGCUUUUCUUGGAAUGGUGACUUAAUUAGGCAUCAAAAGGCUCACACUGGGGAGAAGCCACAUAAAUGCUUGGAAUGUGGAAAGGGCUUUUUCUGCAAUGGCUACCUAACUAAACAUCAGCGUGUUCACACAGGGGAGAAGCCAUAUAAAUGUUUGGAGUGUGGAAAGAGCUUCACAGAGAAUGGCACCCUAACUAAGCAUCUAAGGGUUCACACAGGACAAAAGCCAUAUAAAAGCAUGGAGUGUGGGAAAAGCUUCUCACAGAUUGGCACCCUUACCGAACAUCUAAGGGUUCACACAGGGGAGAAGGCAUAUAAAUGUGUGGAGUGUGGAAAGAGCUUCUCAAGGAAUCAUGCUCUAACAGAACAUCAGAAGGUUCACACAGGGGAGAAGACAUAUCAGUGCUUUCAGUGUGGAAAGUGUUUCUUGAACCGUAGUAACCUCACUGUACAUCAAAAGGUUCACACAGGGGAGAAGCUAUAUAAGUGCUUGGAGUGUGGAAAGUGCUUCUCUAAUAAUAGUAACCUAUCUGCACAUCAAAGGCUUCACAGAGGGGAGAAGCCAUAUAAAUGCUUGCAGUGUGGAAAGUGCUUCCCUCAGAACAGAUGCCUAACUAAACAUCAGAAGGUUCACACAAGGGAGAAACCAUAUAAAUGCUUGGAGUGUGGAAAGUGCUUCUCUCGGAAUUAUAGCCUAACAAAACAUCAGAGGGUUCACACAGGGGAGAAGCCGUAUAUGUGCUUGGAAUGUGGAAAGAGCUUUUCACAUAAUGGCAACCUAAUGGAACAUCAGAGGGUUCACACAGGGGAGAAGCCAUAUCAGUGCUUGGAGUGUGGAAAGUGCUUUUCUUGCCAUAGUAACCUCACUGCACAUAAAAGGGCUCAUGCAGCGGAGAAGCAAUACAAAUGCUUGCAGUGUGGAAAGAGCUUCUCUCGGAAGAGUACACUAAUUACACAUCAGUUGAGUCACACAGGGGAGAAGCCAUAUAAAUGCUUCGAUUGUGGAAAGUGCUUCUCUCAGAAUUAUAUCCUAACUGCACAUCAAAAGGUUCAUACAGGGGAGAAACCAUAUAAAUGCCUGGAGUGUGGAAAGUGCUUCUCUAUGAAUGCCAACCUAGCUAGACAUCAAAAAUGUCACACAGGGGAGAAGCCAUAUAAAUGCUUGGAAUGUGGAAAGCUCUUCUCUUGCAGUAUGAAUCUCACUGUACAUCAAAAGGUUCACACAGGAGAGAAGCCAUAUAAAUGCUUGGAAUGUGGAAAGUGCUUUUCUGCGAAUGGCACCCUAGCUGCACAUCAAAGGGUUCACACAGGGGAGAAGCCAUAUCAAUGCUUGGAGUGUGGAAAGUCCUUCUCUUACAAUCAUCAUCUCAUUGUACAUCAAAGGGUUCAUACAGGAGAAAAGCCAUAUGAGUGCUUGGAGUGUGGAAAGUGCUUUUCUACGAAUGAACACCUAAGUAGGCAUCGGAAGGUUCACACAGGGGAGAAGCCAUAUAAGUGCUUGGAGUGUGGAAAGUGCUUUUCUGCGAAUGAAUCCCUAAGGGGGCAUCAGAAGGUUCAUACAGGGGAGAAGCCAUAUCAAUGCUUGGAGUGUGGAAAGUUCUUCUCUUACAGUAAUCAUCUCAUUGUACAUCAAAGGAUUCAUACAGGAGAAAAACCAUAUAAGUGCUUGGAGUGUGGAAAGAGCUUCUCUAACAGUAGUGCCCUCGCUUCACAUCUACGGAUUCACACAGGGGAGAAGUCGUAUAAAUGCUUGCAGUGUGGAAAGUGCUUCUCUGAGAAUAGAUAUCUAUCUCAACAUCAGAGGGUUCACACAGGGGAGAAGCCAUAUCAGUGCUUUGAGUGUGGAAAGAGCUUCUCUCGAAAUAACAUCCUAACUGCACAUCAAAAGGUUCACACAGGAGAAGCUAUAUAAACAAGCUUGAGCAAUACCGAAAAAAAAUUGGAUUCAGCUUGAUUUGGCUGUAAAAUUGUUGUUAUAGUCGAAUCAGCUGAAUCCCUGAUUCGGUAUGCCCGAAUUUAGAUGGAUCUAUUGAAAUAUUUGAUUUCAUUUGCAUUUUUUGUAUUUUUUUUCUAGUUUUUGCCUGCAGGGAUACAGUGUUUAAGCUAUUGGCACCAACAUUUCUGGGUAACUUCAGGAGACUCUCCUGGUGGAACCACCCAGAAUUGGCAAAGUCUGGUUCAGGGAGUACAAAGUUAUGGACUCCCAAAGGGGGUGCCCCCAUUCCCCAU